ACCCGAGAGAUAAGAAAACGUAGAGGGUGUUUCACUCUACUCUGAGUGUGAACUAGGUGUAGUAGAGAAGGGAAGAUCUGUUUCUUCCUUCCUGGAGAUACAUCUGUGAUUAGUAACUUGGAUUUUCUAUGUUUCUGUAAUAGAAACAUUUAUUUCGCACUAAGAUAAGGCUAGGCGAUGAGCUGCUUGAAGCCAGAGGAUCCCGAUCGCCGAGCUAGUAAGGAUCUCGAUAAAAGAAUAGCCCAGUGGAUGAAGGAGUACGAUAAGGCCAUCAAACUACUUCUUUUAGGAGCUGGAGAAUCUGGAAAAACCACCAUUUUGAAACAGAUGAGAAUUCUACAUCUUCAAGGAUUCUCAGAAAAAGAAAGACAAGAUAAAGUUCAGGAAAUCAGACGAAAUGUGCUUCAAGCUAUCAAGGAACUUACAGCGAAUAUGCGAUACCUUCGCCCUCCAGUGACGAUAGCUAACCCGGAAAAUCUGGAUAGUCUAGAUUUCAUUCAUAACUUGGAUAUGAUGGACAACUACACCUUCCCGCAGGAAUUUUAUGAACACGUGAAAAAAGUCUGGGCUGAUGAAGGAGUACAAGAAUGUUAUGGAAGAUCCAAUGAAUUCUCUUUGAUAGACUCUGCCAAAUACUUCUUAGACAAGAUUGACGAAAUUCGUGACCCAGAUUAUAAACCCUCAGACCAGGACAUCCUAUGUUGCAGAAUAAGAACAUCAGAAAUUCAGAAGAUCGAAUUUCAGGUUAAAGUCCCGAAGAAAUAUGGGGGUAGCUCUCAACUGUUUUGGAUGUUUGAUGUUGGAGGACAACGUGGAGAACGUCGCAAGUGGAUUCAAGUAUUCGAUGGUAUUACAGCUAUCUUAUUUCUCGUAUCAUCAUCCGGUUUCGACAUGAAACUUAGGGAAGACAACGACAAAAACCGAAUGAAGGAAUCGCUCGAGCUCUUUCAAGACGUCUGGUCAAGUAGUUUUCCAAUGUUGUACUUUUUAGAUCGAGAUGAAGAGGAAGAUAAUGAAUAUAACAAAGCUCGCUGUUUUAUUCGUGAUAAAUUUUUGGAAAUUACCAGGAAACCACCAACAAAUCGACGCAUGAGUACAACGGAAAUGUACUACGACUUGCACAGGGAAACCAAGAAACGAGACUGCUACUGGCACUUCACAACUGCCACUGAUACUAACAACGUCAAGAGAGUAUUUGAUGAUAUUCAUCACAUGAUACUUAUGUGGAAUAUACAAUCAAUCGCGCCAAGCUGAAAAUAAAAUUCAAACUGAAAUCUAAAGCGGAAAGAAUAGAAACAUAUAAAUUAUGCCUGUAUUAGAUUUCGAAAUGUUUGUGGUUGUUAUGUAAUUUGUGAUUAUAAUUCUAGAUAUUUAGAACGCUAGAAUAUUAUUCAAUUCUAGUGAGUUAUUAUUUUUUUUUCGUAAUAUUUAAGUUUUUUAAGGGUUUAGUAACCAUGAGGUAAGACGAUUACAAUGAUAAUGUUGGUUAACAUAAAACAGGAUUUGCUACAAUUAUGUAUCCAUUUGUUACAACAAUGAUAAUUCUGGUUAACAUAAAACAGGAUUUGCUACAAAUAUGUAUCCAUUUGUUACAACAAUGAUAAUUCUGGUUAACAUAAAACAGGAUUUGCUACAAAUAUGUAUCCAUUUGUUACAACAAUGAUAAUGUUGGUUAACAUAAAACAGGAUUUGCUACAAAUAUGUAUCCAUUUGUUACAACAAUGAUAAUGUUGGUUAACAUAAAACAGGAUUUGCUACAAAUAUGUAUCCAUUUGUUACAACAAUGAUCAUUUUGGUUCCCCUACAAAAGGGUUUGCUACAAAUAUGUAUCCAUUUGUUAAAACAAUGAUCAUUUUGGUUUAACUACAAAAAGGUUUGCUACAAUUAUGUAUCCAUUCGGUACAGCAAUGAUAAUUUUGGUUUAACUACAAAAGGGUUUGCUAUAAUUACGUAUUCAUUUGUUACAACAAUGAUAAUUUUGUUUUAACUACAAAAGGAUUUGCUACAAUUAUGUAUCCAUUCGGUACAACAAUGAUCAUUUUUGGUUCACCUACAAAAGGGUUUGCUACAAUUACGUAUUCAUUUGUUACAACAAUGAUAAUUUUGAUUCACCUACAAAAGGGUUUGCUACAAUUACGUAUUCAUUUGUUACAACAAUGAUAAUUUUGAUUCACCUACAAAAGGGUU